UCUCUUUUCUGGUAUGAUCUCAGGGCAAGUUUGGUUUUCGAAAGUAUUCUAAAGAUAAAAGGUUUUGGGCGUGUGAUUGGUUGCGAAUUACUUAAUUAAUAUGUCUUCAAUUGCAAGCCCGUUGUCUGUUGCGGGUUCUCGCAGUUCAGGUGCACCAGUGAGAACUCAAAAUGUUAUGGCUGCAUGUUCCAUUGCAAACAUUGUGAAGAGUUCUUUGGGUCCAGUUGGUCUUGACAAGAUGUUGGUUGAUGAUAUUGGUGACGUCACUGUCACCAAUGACGGAGCGACAAUUCUUCGCCUGUUGGAAGUGGAGCAUCCCGCAGCGAGAGUUCUGGUGGAGUUGGCCCAACUGCAGGACGAGGAGGUUGGGGAUGGAACCACGUCAGUGGUAAUUUUGGCUGCGGAAUUUUUGAAAAAUGCAGAUGAACUUGUGAAGCAAAGACUCCACCCCACGUCAAUCAUAAAUGGCUAUAGGAUUGCUUGCAGGGAAGCUGUGAGGUACAUCCAAGAGAAUUUGACAGUAAAUGUGGAUCAGAUUGGGCGGUUCUGCCUUACCAGUGCUGCUGCAACAGCCAUGUCGAGUAAACUCAUUGGAGCUGACGCAGAGUUCUUCUCCGAGAUGGUGGUAGAUGCCCUGCAGGCAGUGAAGGUGACUGACCCCAAAGGGAACGCCAUGUACCCCGUGAAGGCUGUCAACAUCCUGAAGGCACACGGCCGCAGCGCUCGCGAGAGCGUGCUGGUGUCCGGGUACGCUCUCAACUGCACCGUGGCAUCUCAAGCUAUGCCGAAGAAGAUUGCGAAUGCCAAAAUUGCUUGUUUGGAUUUCUCUCUCCAGAAAGCGAAAAUGAAGAUGGGAAUCCAGGUGCUGGUGACGGACCCCGAGAAGCUGGAAGGCAUCCGGCAGAGAGAAUACGACAUCACCAAGGAGAGGAUCCAGAAGAUACUGUCAGCGGGUACCAAUGUGGUCCUCUGCACUGGUGGCAUCGAUGAUCUCUGCCUUAAGUACUUCGUCGAGGCUGGGGCUAUGGCAGUGCGAAGAGUGAAGAAGGCAGAUCUGAAGAGAAUAGCGAAAGCUACGGGUGCAUCGUACCUCACAUCACUUUCAAACAUGGAAGGGGAGGACACAUUUGAAGUGACUGCUCUUGGCGAGGCACUUGAAGUUGUCCAAGAGUUCGUGAGUGAUGAUGAACUCCUUCUCAUCAAGGGUCCCAAGGCCCGCACGGCGAGUUCCAUCAUCCUGCGGGGGCCCAACGACUUCUACUGCGACGAGAUGGAGCGCUCGGUCCACGACUCACUGUGCGUGGUGAAGAGACUGCUGGAGAGCAAGACAGUCGUCGCCGGCGGGGGGUGUGUUGAGGCAGCCGUCUCCAUGUACCUAGAGAACUUCGCCAUGUGCCUGAGCUCCCGCGAGCAGCUGGCUAUCGGCGAGUUUGCCAAGUCCUUGCUAGUCAUUCCCAAGACGCUGGCGGUGAACGCAGCGCAGGACGCCACGGAGCUUGUCGCCAAGCUGCGAGCCUACCACCACGCCAGCCAGACCAAGCCAGAGCACAGCUUGCUCAAGUGGAUGGGGCUGGAUCUGAUAGAAGGCGAAGUGCGAGACAACCUGAAAGCUGGCGUUUUGGAGCCGGCAGUGUCGAAGAUCAAGUCGUUGAAGUUUGCCACCGAGGCGGCGAUCACGAUCCUGCGCAUCGACGACAUGAUCCGCUUGGACCCGGAGCGCAAGCAGAAGUCGUACCAAGACGCCUGCGAUGCCGGGGAGCUGGAUUGAGGCUGAGGCAACGCAUGCCUUCAUUUCUUACCUUGUGCACAAUCUUGAGAGCACAUCAGUUGCGGCCGCUAACGUGAUAACACUUAACGAAAGAUUUAUUGUAGAAAUAAAGAAUUAUUCACGAGCAUUUACUAAAAAAUAAAAACCUUGCCUUCACUUUCUCUCAUGAAACUUGAUUGCUUGAUUAUAAAAUUCAAAAUUAUUUUGAAGUAUCAAAUGCAUUCCUGCUUCAAAUCCAAAAGUAUAAUUUGUAAUAAGAAGUAAUAUUGUUUCUACAAGGACAGGUGCGGAGUGUUUGUAACAUGCAAUUUAAUAAAUAAAAAGCUUUAAUUCCA